GCACUGAGCACGACACCACCUUCCUCUCGCUCCGUCCAACCACCUUUCCCCUUUCCUCUCUCUCACUCUCUCUAAAACUCUCUCUCUCUCUUCCACCUGAAGGAGUGCGAGUCACUGUGCCCCCUCUGCUCGCUCUCUCUCUCUCUCCUCCCCUACCCACUAAACCACACAAGAAAAGCAGGCGCACGCACAGGCGACGCGAGGCCUGGGCACCACCACCACCACCUCCGCCCCGGGCCAAGAACCCCCACCACAAAUGCCUUCUUCCUCCUCCUGCCGCGGCUUCCUCUUCUUGGCCCCUCUCUCGGUGUGCUUCUUGGUGCUUGCGGUGGAUGGGGCCAGGGGCGCCGGUGACGGCGCGGCAAUGCAGACGCUGCGGCGGGAGCUGGCGCCGCCGGGCUGGGGGGCGGGAGCGGACCACUGCGCGUGGCGCGGCGUCACCUGCGCCGCGGGGGGCGCGGUCACCGCGAUCGAGCUGCCGCGUCAGGGGCUACGCGGGGACUUCUCGGCCGCCGGCGCGCUCCGUGCGCUGGUGCGCCUCGACCUCUCCGCCAACGCGCUCCGCGGCGGCAUCCCGCCGGAGCUCGGCGCGCUCAGCCGCCUCCAGUUCCUCGACCUCUACAUGAACGCGCUCUCCGGCGCCGUUCCGGCGGCCCUCGCUGGCGCGUCCAGGCUCCGGUUCUUGAACCUCUCCAACAACGCGCUCUCCGGCGGCAUCCCCGACGAGCUCAGGGGCCUCAGGGAGCUUCAAGAACUGCAGAUUUCCGGCAACAACCUCACCGGCGCUCUCCCUGGCUGGCUCGCCGGGCUCCCCGGCCUCCGCGUGUUGUCCGCCUACGAGAACUCGCUCUCCGGCCCGAUCCCAGCGGGGCUGGGGCUCUCGUCGGAUCUCCAGGUGCUCAACCUCCAUUCCAACGCCCUCGAGGGGAGCAUCCCCAGCAGCCUCUUCGAGCUCGGCAACCUGCAGGUCCUCAUCCUCACCUUGAACCGGCUCAACGGCACCAUUCCUGACGCCAUCGGCCGGUGCCGCGGCCUCUCCAACGUGCGCAUCGGGGACAACCGUCUCGCCGGCGCAAUCCCGGCGUCGAUCGGGGACGCGACCAGCCUCACGUACUUCGAGGCCAACAGCAACGAGCUGUCCGGCGGGAUCCCCACGCAGUUCGCGAGCUGCGCCAACCUGACGCUGCUCAAUUUGGCGUACAACCGCCUCGCCGGCGAGGUGCCGGACGUGCUCGGGGAGCUGAGGAACCUGCAGGAGCUCAUCGUGUCCGGCAACGGCCUGGGCGGCGAGUUCCCAAGGUCGAUCCUGCGAUGCCGGAACCUGAGCAAGCUGGACUUGAGCUAUAACGCUUUCCGUGGCGACUUGCCGGAGAACAUCUGCAACGGAUCACGGAUGCAGUUUCUUAUGCUUGAUCACAACGAGUUCUCAGGUGGCAUUCCACCGGGAAUCGGGGGCUGUACCAGGUUGCUUGCGCUGCAGCUCGGCAGCAACAACCUGAGUGGUGAGAUACCUGCUGAAAUUGGUAGGGUCAAGAGCCUGCAGAUUGCGCUGAACCUUAGCUUCAACCACUUUGUUGGACCGCUGCCCCGCGAGCUUGGGCGGCUUGAUAAGCUUGUCACGCUGGACUUGUCGAGCAAUGAGAUAUCAGGCCAGAUCCCAGGUGAUAUGAGAGGGAUGAUGAGCUUGAUUGAGGUCAAUUUGUCAAACAACAGGCUCAGCGGCGCCAUACCAGCUUUCGGGCCAUUCCAGAAGAGCACGGUGUCCAGCUUCUCCGGCAACACCAAGCUGUGUGGUGACCCGCUGGAUGUGGACUGUGGAUCAAUUUAUGGUUCCAAUUAUGGAAUGGACCACAGGAGGAUAUCUUACAGGGUGGCUUUGGCAGUUGUGGGCUCCUGUGUGCUCAUAUUCUCAUUGGUCUCAUUGGUGGUGGUAUUGUUCAUGUGGCGUGAGAGGCAGGAGAAAGAGGCUGAGGCGAAGAAGGCUGAGGCGGGGGAGGUGGUGGUGGUGGCAGCGCCGCAGGUCAUGGCUUCAAGCAUGUUCAUCGAGAGCUUGCAGCAGGCCAUCGAUUUCCAGAGCUGCGUGAAGGCGACAUUCAAAGAUGCGAAUGAACUAAGCAAUGGAACAUUCAGUACAACCUACAAGGCUGUCAUGCCGUCUGGCAUGGUGGUGUGUGUGAAGAAGCUGAAGUCGGUUGACCGAGCUGUAAGCCACCACCAGACAAAGAUGAUCCGAGAGCUCGAGCGCCUUGCGCAUAUCAACCACCCGAACCUGGUGUGUCCUAUUGGCUAUGCCAUCUAUGAUGACGUUGCGUUGCUGCUGCACCACCAUAUGCCAAAUGGCACCCUGCUUCAGUUACUUCACAAUGGCGGUGAUUCUGAUGGCGACAAGCAAAAGCCUGACUGGCCGAGGCUGUUGUCAAUCGCCAUUGAUGUUGCUGAAGGGCUGGCCUUCCUCCAUCAGGUUGCCACCAUUCACCUCGACAUCUCUUCGGGGAACAUCUUCCUAGACUCGCAUUACAAUGCGCUUCUUGGCGAAGUUGAGAUCUCCAAGCUGCUUGACCCCUCAAAGGGCACUGCCAGCAUCAGUGCGGUCGCAGGCUCAUUUGGUUACAUACCUCCAGAGUAUGCCUACACAAUGCAGGUGACAGUGCCAGGUAACGUGUACAGCUUCGGAGUGGUCCUGCUGGAGAUCCUGACAUCCAAGCUGCCCGUGGAUGAGGGGUUUGGGGAAGGUGUGGACCUUGUCAAGUGGGUGCACACUGCACCGGCGAGGGGGGAGACGCCGGAGCAAAUCAUGGACCCGAGGCUGAGCACCGUGUCCUUCGCGUGGCGCAGGCAGAUGCUCGCGGUGCUCAAGGUCGCGAUGCUGUGCACGGAGCGCGCCCCUGCGAAGCGGCCAAAUAUGAAGAAGGCGGUGGAGAUGCUGCAGGAGGCCAAGAACAGCUGAGCGCUGAGAUCGCCGCCUGGAAGAUGAACCGAGCUGCGCAAAGCACAAAUGGGGGCCUCAAAAUUUUCAGCCAUCGAUUCGUCAAGUAUAAAAUCCUGUGGCGUUUUAUUCUCUGUAUAUAAUUCUCAUCUCAUAAUUAGUGCCCCGAUUAUUCGCUAUGUAUUGCCAGAUGCUGGAUCUUGAAUCAUCAAAGGGCUAUGCUGUGUAGUACAGUGUUGCAGUGCAGCGCUGCCUGCAACUUGCCGGUGAGAAUGUCUCGUACAUAUAUGGUUGGAUCCUUAACUAGGCAACUUGUUGUUCUAUCUUGAGGGUUUUUCUUCCAUCUUUUUUUCCCCAAAAAAAUCAGAGAAUCCUAUCUUGAGCUUGUCAGCUUGAAGAGGUGGUUGUGCUUGUGCACUUAAGGUGCUGUUGUCCUUUGCAGUUAUUGUGGUCUUCUUCUCCGGUGCUGUUUGGUUCAAAUUUUGUACUGUGAAUGGAUUAUAAGAGGGUUUGAAGCACUGUUACGGUGUUUGUUUUAACUUGGCCUAUAAGCCGUACCGUUUAAUCCAAUACCGGUCUAUUUAGAGCCAAUUCCCCUUCUCCUGACUAGAGCUGGACGAAAAGCUCGAUACUAGUUUAGUUCAGUUCGUGUCUCGUUCAGCUUGACUCAUUUUAAUAUUUAACGGGUCAAAUAAGAGUUUUAGCUCGUUUAAAUAAUGAGCUAGCUUACAAGCCAAGUCUAUUGUCUAUAUCAUAUCGUUUUUUUAAUUGUGAUCAUUACUUUGCACAUUAGCCAUCUUCGUAUUUGAUGGCCUACUAUUAGUCAGUUUCUCGUUAUGGUAUAGCUUUAUCUUUUU